ACAACAUCUCUGUAUCUUACAAUGGCUAUGAGACCAAUCACCCGAUCACCUCUUCUGCUCUUGACCCUCAGCAUCUGUUUAUCUCUACCUAUCCUGGCCACCUCAACCCAUAUUUUGUCCAUCUAUCGUUCCGAACAUGCGACUAAUCCAUGGUGGCUACCCAUCUGGCAUGCCCACUUCAACACCCAUGGUCUCAUCGCCGUCAUCACAACUUCCUGCAUCGUCUUCGCGCUGGACAUCAUUUACAUCGGUCUGGUGGUCAUGGGGAACAAGAGUGGUGAUAAGAGCAAGAUGAUCAAAUGGAUGGCAGUUGUAUUCAUGCUGGCGGCUACAGUGGUUGCGCUCAUCGCGAUGAUCAUGCCUGCUGUAGCAAACGCUGCGGCUCCUAGCAAAUCUGAUACCGUUCAGACAUGGACUUGCCGUUGGGGAGGCGCUGUGGGAGCACCGGAGAACUUUGAACCUCUGUGUAGGGAAAGUAGCAUUCAGGAUGCUGUUGCUACUCCUCAGCAGCAGCCGAAAACGUUCGACGAGGAGCUGGUCAUCAUCACUAAAAGCGUCGAAGUCGCUACUACGGCUUCAAACGAGAGUCCACAGAUCAAGUAA